AUUUUGUGGAGGUUAUCGCUAGGUAAUGUGUCGCCACGUUGGAGGCGGAUUGUCUGGCAGGCUGAGUCGGUAAUGAAGGGCAGAAACGGAGCGGACAUGGCCGUCAGAGUGGUUCUCCGGGCCGCUGUGCGGAAGCUCUGUGCUCGGGACGGAGUCGGUGCUGCGGUGCGCGCCGUGACAGACAUGUAGACUGGAGAGAAAUCAUCGGCACUCCGUCGGUUUCCAUCAUGUCUGACCCGAGCUACUAUUGGACCGUCUUACCGAGCUACAAAACUAGUUUUGUGGCGGGGGCCAUGAUGAAGCGACCAAACAGUUCCCGUAACAACAAGAGAAGGAGUUUGGCAGUUGGGACCCCAUCGCCCACACUCUCACGGCCGCUUUCACCUCUCCCACUUGCCACAGCUGGCAGCAGCCCUUCAGAAAGCCCCCGAAAUGUGUCUGCCAGCACAACUGCCAACUUUCAGUUUGCACGCAGCCAACUGGCCCGUAAUGAAAAACCAGAUGGGCGACGGUGGUCAGUGGCCUGUCCCUCCUCUGGAUACUGUACCAAUGCUCCCAGUUCAUCAAUUAGUUCGUCUUCAUCUCAGGAGUUACUGCACCAGUUGCCCUUCCAACCCACUCAAGAUGAUCUGCACUUCUUGUUCAAACACUUCCGGAGCACAGAGACUGUGGCUGAUGAAGAAGGAGCCCAUCCUUCACCCCACGUCAGGAUACGCUCUCGUAGUCUCAGUCCUGGAAGGACAAGUGGAUCAUUUGACAAUGAGAUAGUCAUGAUGAAUCAUGUCUACAAAGAACGUUUUCCUAAGGCAACGGCCCAGAUGGAGGGUCGUCUGCUAGACAUCAUAGCGGAGUGUUCGCCGGACAGCGCUCUGCCUCUGGCUGACGGUGUUUUGGGGUUCAUUCAACACCAGCUGGUGGAGCUGGUCAGAGACUGUCUGGACAAGUCUGAGACAGGCCUGGUCACCUCCAGGUACUUCAUGGAGCUGCAGGGGAAACUGGAGAAGCUGCUGCAUGAGGCAUAUGAGCGCUCAGAGAGCGAGGAGGUGACCAUCAUCACCAAACUGGUGAAGAAGAUUCUCAUCAUCAUCUCCAGACCAGCUAGGCUCCUGGAAUGUCUGGAGUUUGAUCCAGAAGAGUUUUACCAGCGUUUGGAGGCUGCAGAGGGUCAAGCAAAGGUGGCCCAGGGCAUCAAGAGCGAUAUUCCCAAAUACAUUAUCAGCCAGCUUGGCCUCACCAGGGAUCCCUUGGAAGAGAUGGUCCAGCUGGAGCAGACAAGCUCAGGUCAGAGGGCAGUCAGCAAAGAGGCAGAAGAAACUGGAGAGAGUCGAAUCGCCUGCACCCCUCCUCGUAGGAAACCACUGGAGAGUGACUUCGAGACUAUCAAGCUCAUUAGCAAUGGCGCCUAUGGGGCUGUAUUUCUUGUGCGACACAAGGAGACCCAUCAACGUUUUGCAAUGAAGAAGAUCAACCGACAGAACCUGAUUCUAAGGAACCAGAUCCAGCAAGUGUUUGUGGAGCGAGACAUUCUCACCUUUGCUGAAAACCCAUUUGUGGUCUCCAUGUUCUGCUCGUUUGAAACACGGAGGCACCUCUGCAUGGUCAUGGAAUAUGUGGAAGGUGGUGACUGUGCCAACCUCUUGAAGAACAUCGGUCCUCUGCCUGUGGACAUGUCCCGCAUGUAUUUUGCAGAGACCGUCUUGGCUUUAGAGUACCUUCACAACUACGGAAUUGUACAUAGAGACCUCAAACCGGACAAUUUGUUAAUCACCUCGAUGGGGCACAUUAAGCUGACUGACUUUGGACUGUCAAAGAUUGGUCUCAUGAAUAUGACCACCAACUUGUAUGAAGGACACAUCGAGAAGGAUACCAGAGAGUUCAUCGAUAAACAGGUGUGUGGAACUCCAGAGUACAUUGCCCCAGAGGUGAUCCUGAGGCAAGGUUAUGGGAAACCGGUUGACUGGUGGGCCAUGGGCAUCAUUCUUUAUGAAUUCCUGGUGGGCUGUGUGCCAUUCUUUGGAGACACACCGGAAGAGCUCUUUGGUCAAGUGGUCAAUGAUGAGAUCGUGUGGCCAGAAGGGGAAGAUGCACUUCCAGCUGAUGCUCAGGACCUAAUCACCAGACUGCUGAGGCAGAACCCUCUUGACCGACUGGGAACAGGAGGAACCGAUGAGGUGAAGAUGCACGUGUUCUUUCUGGGUCUGGACUGGAACGGUCUCUUGAGGCAGAAAGCUGAAUUCAUACCUCAACUGGAGACUGAAGAGGACACCAGCUACUUUGACACGCGCUCAGAGCGCUACUGUCACCUGGGUUCUGAUGAAGACGAUGAAACAAACGAUGAUGAGUCAUCUCUGGAGCUCAGACAGUUCUCUUCUGUGGCUCAUCGCUUCAAUAAGGUGUACAGUAGCACAGAGCAUCUAUCCACUUCCACACCAUCAAACCUGAGUCUGUCAUCAUCGGAGCGAAGCCACAGCGAGGAGAAGGAGGAGCGAUGGGAAGGAAGAGGAGUCCUUUCUCCAAGUGAUGGACACAAACAUGUGGCCAGUGGGGAUAGAAGACUGGAUGGACAUAGGGGGAGUCUUCGUCCUCGUGCCUCGUCCAGCUCCUCCCAGUCAGAGCGCAGCGCCAGCCCGCUGGUGAUGAACAGCACCCAGAGCCUUGACAUUAUGCCUCGCUUCGCCGUCUCUGCGGAGGAGGAGGAUGGGAUGGUUUCCAAUCUGCAGCGAAUCCGCCUCCGCAGCAACAGCACUGGUACCAGACCGUCAUUUCGGAGAGGAGCGUCCCGACGCAUCGCUCACCAGCUGGAGACUCCAGAGAAACCCAAACCCCCAGCUGGUUGUAAAGUUCCUAAAUCUGCCUCGGUGUCUGGCUUGUCCCUCAUCAUUACUCCAGAUGACUCAGGAGGUUCACCUUUAAGUCCCAAAUCGUCGUUGUCCCUGUCAUCCAAUCCUUCUUCCAGGGACUCGUCCCCCAGCCGGGACCUCUGUAUCAGUGUCAGCUGCCUCAGGCCUCCUGUGGUGAUCCACAGCUCUGGGAAACGGUUUGGGUUCGCCUUGCGAGCGAUCAGAGUCUACAUGGGAGACGGUGAUGUCUACACGGUUCACCACAUGGUCUGGUGUGUUGAAGAGGGCAGUCCUGCACAUGAGGCUGGACUGAAGACCGGUGACCUCAUCACUCAUGUCAACGGGGAGUCGGUCCAGGGUCUCGUCCACACUGAGGUGGUGGAGCUCCUGCUCAAAAGUGGUAGCAGGGUGACCCUGCAGACAACUGCACUGGAGAACACCUCCAUCAAAGUGGGUCCUGCCCGAAAAGCCAGUCACAAAGCCAAGAUGGCUCGGCGCAGCAAAAAGAGCAAGAGGAAGGAUGGACAGGACAGCAGGCGCCGCAGCAUCUUAAAGAAGCUGUCGAAGCACACACCUCCUCCGCCCAUGCAGAGCAGUCGAAGCUUUUCUUCCGGGUUCCACCAGUCGUCCAGCGACAGCCUGUCUGGCUCGCCCACACAGUCACUGUCUCCUGGGCCUUCCACGCCGUGCCGCUCUCCGGCUCCAGACCACUCUGGAGACUCCAGUUCCUCUCCGUGCUCCAGCUCUCCUAAUUCACCAGUGCCACAGGCCCGGCCCAGCUCUCUUCAUGUGCUGAGUCGCUAUACUAAAGCUGGUCGCUGCAAGUCCACCAGCAGCAUUCCACCGUCCCCGUUGGCCUGCAUCCCUCCUCCUCAGCCUGUAUCUCCUCAGUGCUCUCCCUCCUGCAUUCCCACUCACCAAAAGUCCCUGCAGGGCUUCCAUGGAAGGACCUUGUCCCCUCCCACUAUCACUCGCCAUUCUGUGCGUCCCCGCAGUGCGGAGCCGCCACGUUCCCCCCUCCUCAAGAGGGUCCAGUCAGCGGAGAAACUGACAGGUGAGAAGCUCCCAGGUGGUUACUUUGGAGAAAAGAAGCCCUUUAGCGCACGACGACACACCAUGGACCUGCCUCUGUCAGAGAGGGAGGGGCUAGAGGACAUGGAGGAGGACGCUGCCACUGGGUUUGUUUGCGUGGGUGAGCACGGUCGGCAGGGCUUGUAUCUAGGAGGGCAGAGAGGCCACCAGGACACGUUUGCUAUGGCUGCCUCGCCACAGCAACGUGGCGGCAACCACCACUCCAAAGAGGUGGUGGUGAUGAGGAAGCUGGCUCUCUCAGAGCGACGAGACUCCUUCAAGAAGCAGGAGGCCGUGCAGGAAGUCAGUUUUGAUGACAUGGAAGACAAAGAGACGCUAUCAAGCCCCGCGCCUCCCGUGACCCAGCCCACGGCAUUCAAAGCAUCCUGGAUCAACCCAGUCCAGUCAGAGUCCAGUCUGAAAGUAGAAGGUAGAGGAGCACAGCGUGCCGCACCACGGCCCAAAAACAAGUCAGCAGAAAAAUAAGCGCCCCACCUUCAUCAGACAGAGAGAACUAACGGGUGAGAAUACACCGUUGACUUGCUACUGUACUUAGAUUUGAAGGCCUUGCAUGUGUGUCCAGAAUACUGUGACAGUAUCCCAAAAUAUUACAAUCAACUGCUUGAUGGAGGAAGAACAAUCAAAGACUCCGAGUAAAUUAUGCAUCCUGUGACGCUGUUAACAGUCAUGACUGCCAAACUGUUGCUCGUUUUCUCUCCUGGUUCUUAAAUCACUGUGGUAACUGUAACUCGUUUACGUUGUAAAUAUUUUUUGUUUGAAAUAAUGAAACUUAUUUAUAGUUUUUUUUUUUUUAAUGAUCAUUUUGGUUCAGCUUGCUGAAAAAUGCAAUGAUGCUUGAGCUCUUCUUACUUUAGAAAUUGUACAGACUGUGCAGCUGUCAAAGAUCCAAAAAGUAAGUUGCCAGUGCAGGUUUGGUGUUAGUGCAAAAAACAAAAAGUAACGUCAGUUGAUAUUGUAGCUUCAUUUAAUUCCUUGGUGUUGUUUUGUGUUCCAUGUGGAUCUUUGACUGUUAAUAAUAGAAAUGGUUUGUCCCACAUGUUAUAGAAGUGUAGUGCUGAUUCCCCUAAUGUAGGUUUUCCCGAAUUUGACUUUACUAAAACAAAAAUAACAUUAAAAAAGUUAUUAAUUGACAAGAUGUGCACUCUUGAGUGCACGUCUCCUCUAAAUGCUUAUUGUAGUUUUGAUGCUUUAUGUGGAUUUCACCAAAAACCAAUGCCUCCCCCCACUAGAAUACACCCAACUUUGGCAAAUGAAGAGUUUUAGCUGACAGGGUAAAGUUUUGUUGAAUCCAGAACUUCGUUCGAGCAGCUACUGCGUGGUUAAAAAUUCUGGGGCAAUGAUUUCAGUAACGUGACUCGUUAUGUGGGUGAAACGAAACUGUUGUUUUUCUCUUAUUAUCUACCUACUUGUUGACACCAUAGACUGUAUAUAUACUGGAAAAAGCUUGCUUGAUGUCUCCUACAGGCCGUGUUGAUAGCAGCUGCAGUGCUGAUUCACAGUGAACUCAUUAAUGCAUAAAGGGGCGGUGCAUGGGUGGCUCAGUGUGUGAUGAGAGAAGCCUGAUCACAUCCAAGGGCGGAGCUAGAGGGGAGGCUGAGGUGACACUGGACCCCCCUGAAAUCUGAUUGGACAACCCAGGUUCCACCCCAAAUGACUGACAUGUCAUGGCACCACACGCACGUCGGGUCAAAAGGAGCCAGUUGCAUUUUGAAAUCAUUGACACCUAUUGACUGCUAGGUCCCUCCUGUACAGUAGUAGGCGAUAUGUACCACAAAUAGUUGUAAUCCACCUUAUUAGAUAUAAAAGAAAAAUCUUCCCCUUGAGCC